GGCCAGGACAGGCCGGCUCGACGUCCACUCACUCCUCCAUCCAACACACCACGUCGCGACAUCACAGCCCCACACUCGUGCUAGCUGCCUCACGACGGAGCUGCGACCGCCCAUGACACCGUCCUCAUGACCACUGCUGCCACUCGAUAACCACGCCUACGAGCUGCUGCUUCCUAGUCGGGCCCAGGACACGCCAUCAUGGCCGACCUUCUCUACGACUUGCUCGUGCCGGAUGCAGCGACCCCCUCCGCAGUCGGCCACACAACCGCUUCGCGCCCAGCUCCUAGCGCUGCUGCGCUCCAGUAUCUCUCGACGUUGGCCUCCAUGCCCCUCGCCCAGAUCGACACGGUCGAGCAACAAUACCUCUCCCAAUCCUCACACUCGCUGCUACUUUCGCUGCAGUCUCUAUCCAAGCGUUCGCACAAGGCUGUCAUAGCUUCGGCUCAGAAACAUGCUCAGCUCCGGGCAGCCCUCCCCGUCCUCGAAUCCUCCACGAGCGACCUUUCCGCUGCCAUCCCAAAGCUCGAUGCAGAGGCCGUACGCUUCUCCAGCACCUAUCACAAGUCUGGCGACAACGAGAUACUCAACGCGCGCAAAAAAGCCUUGCUUCUUGCUUCCAACGUGGAACGGCUAGUGGACGUACUAGACCUGCCGACUCUGCUCGCCACUGCCAUCUCGUCUGGCUCAGCUACUCCCGCUGCCAACUACUCGUCCGCCCUCGACCUGAAUGGCCAUAUUCGUCGAUUGCAAGCUUUGUACCCGGACUCGCCUCUUGUUUCGUCGGUCUCAGGCCAGGCUGAGGAUGCCAUGCAGGCCAUGGCCAAGAACCUCAUUGCCAGCCUCCGUGCCCCCGGGCUCAAGCUCGCGGCGGCGCUGCGUGCGAUCAGCUGGCUCCGCCGUGUUGUACCCGAGUUGGACAAGACCAGUGCCGGUGGCCACGGUGGUGGCUUGGGGGCCUUGUUCCUCGCAUGUCGUCUUUCCACGCUCCUUACCAUGCUGGGUGCUCUUGAGCCGCUGCGGGAGUUGGCCGACCAGGAAAAGUUGCGACAACAGCAGCAGACCAGCGCAGGUGCCGCAUGGUCUGGUGGACAACAGACAGAACGGUAUCUCAAACGUUAUAUCGAAAUCUUUCGGGAACAGAGCUUUGCCAUUGUCUCCAUGUUUCGCAGCAUCUUUCCAGCCCCGUCGCAGGGACCAGAGGAAACAUCGGAUGCCGAAGAACUCCAGGCUCUGCCAUCAGCGAUAGCGACCUUCCCCUUGCAUUUGAUAGAGAUGUUGAUGGAGACAUUACGUGUAUACCUGCCGACUGUGAAGGACCAGCCGUCUCGGGACAGCUUACUAACACAGGUCCUGUACUGCGCGGGCAGUCUGGGUCGCCUGGGCGGUGACUUCAGUCUGUUGUUGGCCUCUAUCGAUGUCGGGGAGACGGCAGAGGACGAGUGGGUUGAGGUGGUGAAGCGUCACCGGGUCAUGGCAGGUAGACUCGAGUCCAUUGUUGUGCACCGCUACAAGGCCCCAGGUAACAAUGCCGCAGCGGGAUCCUGUAGGGAUUGCUGGCGGAGCACGACGCAACAGGAUACUGGCCCUCGGUGCUAUGCCUUUCACUUCGCCGCCGGUCUCGGGUCUGGCAUCUUUGGUGCCGUCCUGCUCCAGCCGAUCGACCUGCUCAAGACACGCGUCCAGCAAUCCGGCUCCAGUUCCAUCACUUCUUCCUUUCGCGAGAUCGCCGCCUCUCCCAAUGCCUUGCGCGCCUUCUGGCGGGGCACCGCGCCCUCGGCUCUCCGCACAGGGAUCGGGUCCGCCAUAUACUUUACCACCUUGAACACGAUCCGUCAGCAGGCCGCUCUGCUCUCGGCAGGCUCAGCAGGAACGAUCCCGCUUGGCGAUGGCCAUUCAAAGCCGUCAACCAAACAACAACAACAAUACUCGUCCGCACUCCCGAAGCUGUCCAACACGGCCAACAUGGCUGCCGGGGCCUCGGCGCGGGCAUUCGCGGGGUUCAUCCUCAUGCCGCUCACCGUGAUCAAGGUUCGCUACGAGUCGAAUCUGUAUUCAUACCGGUCUAUAUUGGGCGCCGCGAGAGACAUAUAUCGAACCGAGCGGAUCCCGGGGUUUUUCGCCGGGUUUGGGGCCACGGCGCUCCGCGAUGCGCCAUAUGCGGGCCUCUACGUGCUCACGUACGAGCAGUUCAAGAAGAGGCUGAGUCGGCUGUAUCCUACCACCAUCGACCCGGCAGCCACCAAGGCGGCCGCAUCCAUACAGACAGCCUCCGACAGGGGGAGCGGCAAAGACAUGGCCUCUUCCCGAUCCGCCACAAUCAACUUCACCUCCGGCGCCUUGGCGGGCGCGACGUGCUCGUUCAUCUCGAACCCGUUCGACGCCGUCAAGACGCGCAUCCAGCUCCGGCCCAGGGAGUACCGCAACAUGUGGCAGGCGUGCUCGCGCAUGGUCCGCGAGGACGGGUUCCGCAGCUUGUACGACGGCCUGGCGCUGCGAAUGACUCGCAAGGCUGUCAGCUCGGCGCUCGCGUGGAUGCUGUACGAAGAGCUGGUCAGUCGUGCCGAACGGACGUGGAGCCGCGGUGGAGGAAGUGGAAUUGCGAAGGGGGAGGUCAAGCUGUGAAGUCGCAAACGGGGACGGCUCUAGUAUCGUGGACAGGGGUGGCCGUAGUUGAGCUCAUAUGGGCCAGGUCAAAAAGCUACAAACUGUCGAGUUCCCUGCGCCGGGCUGGUGGGCAGUGCACGAUUUGACACUAGAUUUUGCGACGUCUCGCCCGAUCGGGCUCAAAGAUGCAAGCAAAGAGCAAUCCCGCGGAGCCUAGAUAGAGCUCUGUCGCUCUCGGUGGCGAGGG